UUCUUUGACUUUUUCAGGGCGCAGCUAAACCCCCACAACCCCAUGAGUUUGGUUUGGCCUGCCAGUGAGUAGGAAUCCUCCGUGAAUCAAGAGUUGAAGAAGAAGCACCCGAGACAAGUGGUGAGCCAGUCGCACCCCCGUUAGCUCCACGCAGCGUCUCCCCCUCCCUCUUCCUCAUCCUCUGCCUCACCUUUUUACUCCCGCUUCUUGUGGGGACCACACGCCGCCAUGUCUCUCUUGGCCUCCCCCUUCCUCCUCCUCCUCCUCCUCUUCCUCCUCCCACUGCCCCCCUGCCUGUCGGAGUCCCAGCGCAUCGACUCCAGCAGCGAGCCCGACUUCCCGGCGGUCUCGCCCUCCCUGUUCCCCUCCUCCUAUCCUCCUCCUUCCAUGUCUUACGCUAACAGCACCGCGCCUGAGAAGAAAGAGAAGUGUGGCGAUGUGGCGAUGUGCAAGCCCGGCAUCCUGCUGCCGGUCUGGGAACCCAACCGGCCCGGGCUCGGCCAACAGGUGGCCAGGGCUGUGGUCUACUUCGCGUCCCUCAUGUACAUGUUCCUGGGAGUGUCCAUCAUCGCAGACCGCUUCAUGGCGUCCAUAGAGGUCAUCACGUCCCAGGAGAAGGAGGUGACCAUCACCAUGCCUAACGGGGAAACAUCAGUGGCGACGGUUCGAAUCUGGAACGAAACAGUGUCCAAUCUGACACUCAUGGCUCUCGGCUCCAGCGCUCCGGAGAUACUGCUGUCUGUUAUAGAGGUGUGCGGCCACGGCUUCCAUGCCGGGGACUUGGGCCCAGGAACCAUCGUCGGCAGCGCCGCCUUCAACAUGUUUGUGAUCAUCGGGAUCUGCGUGUGGACGAUCCCCGACGGGCAGACCCGCAAAAUCAAGCACCUCAGGGUGUUCUUCAUCACCGCCUUCUGGAGCAUCUUCGCCUACAUCUGGCUCUACCUCAUCCUGUCCGUCAUAACGCCAGGCAUCGUGGAGGUGUGGGAGGCUCUGGUGACCCUGCUGUACUUCCCGGUGUGUGUCAUCCUGGCUUGGAUCGCCGACCGCCGCCUACUCUUUUACAAGUACAUGGGCAAGCGCUACCGUGCCGACAAGCGCCACGGCAUCGUCGUGGAGACCGAGGGAGACUUGACACCCAACAAGGGUGGCAUGGAGAUGAUCAUAGACGGCAAGUUCCCAACGCGAGGGGGCACCGCACUUCCCGCCGAGAACUGUGGGGGCGGAACCCAGGACGGCACAGCGGGCGCCGCAUCCAAUAACAUCGGUGGGGGGGGCAACCUGCCCAACUCCAGCAGCGCGAUGGUCAACGUGGAGAGCAGCAGGGAACUGGACGAGAGCCGCAAAGAGGUGAUUCGGAUCAUAAAGGAGCUGAAACAGAAAUAUCCCGACAAAGAGCUGGACCAGCUGGUGGAGCUGGCCAACUACUACGCCCUGCUGCACCAACAGAAAAGCAGAGCCUUCUACCGCAUACAGGCGACCCGCAUGAUGAUCGGAGCUGGAAACGUCCUGAAGAAGCACGCUGCCGACAACGCUCGCCGCACGGCCGUGACCGACGAGGAAGCCCCAGAAGAAGAAGACCUGGGGACAUGCAGCCGCAUCUCGUUUGAAAGUGCCCACAGUCAGUGCAUGGAGAACUGUGGCUUUGUGACACUGGCUGUAGUCUGCCAAGGGGGUCUGGGAGAGAACACCUUCUACGUGGACUACAGGACAGAGGACGGUUCAGCCAACGCGGGGUCGGAUUACGAGUACUGCGAAGGAACGCUGGUGUUCAAACCUGGAGAGACUCGCAGAGACAUUAAGGUCGGCAUAAUCGACGACGACAUCUUCGAAGAGGACGAGCACUUCUUCGUGCGCCUGCUGAAUUUGCGCAUCGGCGACGCGGAGGGGAUGUUCGAGAGCGACGAAGUGGGCUCCGCCCCCAAGGCUCGCUUUGUCGAGCCCCUGGUAGCAAUGGUGACCAUCCUGGACGACGACCACGCCGGCAUCUUCACGUUCAGCGAGAACACGGUGCGGGUGAGCGAGAGCGUGGGCACGAUGGAGGUGACGGUGGUGCGCAAUUCAGGGGCCCGUGGCACCGUCAUCCUGCCGUACUACACCGAGUCCGGCACCGCCAAGGCCGGGGAGGACUACGAGGAGGCCAGAGGAGAGCUGGAGUUCACCAACGACCAGACUACUCAGACUUUCCAGGUGAGGAUAAUUGAUGAUGAGGAAUAUGAAAAACAUGAAAACUUCUUCAUCGUGUUGGAGGAGCCACGCUGGCUUAAGAGAGGAAUCUCAGCUCUGCUGCUCAACCAAGAGGGCGCGGAGGGGCAGAUGAGUGCCGAGGAGGAAGAGGCUCGCAAGAUAGCCGAGAUGGGGAAGCCGAUCCUGGGAGAGCACAGCCGCCUGGAGGUGGUCAUCGAGGAGUCCUACGAAUUCAAGAGCACCGUUGACAAGCUAAUUAAGAAGACCAACUUGGCUCUGGUGAUCGGCACACACUCCUGGAGGGAGCAGUUUGUGGAGGCGGUCACUGUCAGCGCAGGCGACGGCGACGACGACGAGGAGGGUCGUGAAGAGCGCCCGCCAUCUUGUUACGACUACUUCAUGCACUUCGUCACCGUCUUCUGGAAGGUUCUGUUCGCCUGCGUCCCGCCCACGGAGUACUGGAACGGCUGGGCCUGCUUCCUAGUCUCCAUCUCCGUCAUCGGCCUCCUCACCGCGUUCAUCGGGGAUCUGGCGUCACAUUUCGGCUGCACCGUUGGGCUCCGGGACACCGUCACCGCUGUGGUGUUCGUGGCAUUGGGAACUUCUAUUCCAGACACCUUUGCCAGCAAAGUGGCCGCCAUGCAGGACCAGCACGCGGAUGCAUCCAUUGGUAACGUCACCGGUAGCAACGCUGUCAACGUGUUCCUUGGGAUCGGCGUGGCGUGGUCGGUGGCGUCCAUCUACUGGAAAAUCAAAGGAAAGGAGUUCGAGGUGGACCCGGGGUCGCUGGCCUUCUCCGUCACACUCUUCACCAUCUUCGCUUUUGUCUGCAUGGGGGUGCUGAUGUUCAGACGCCGGCCCUCCAUCGGCGGAGAGCUCGGCGGCCCAAAGGGGGCUCGCGUCAUCACCAGCCUGCUGUUCCUGGGUCUGUGGUUCCUCUACAUCCUCUUCUCCAGCCUGGAGGCUUACUGCCACAUCAGCGGCUUUUAAACAGGAGAUGGAGAAAGUUCUGGAAGAGUAUUCCACUUCAACACACACACAUACUUUAACACCAAGUCCAUACGGUUCACAGUUCGACAUGAAACAAGUGCAAGAUUCAUCUGGCUUACUGCGGCCUGGAUGGGUCCUGGUCUUUGAUGCAAGGACACUUAAACACUAAAGAUAAACACACACACACACUCUAUGUACGCAUGUGUAAACAGAUCAUAACAAACACGCGCACACAUUUACAGGCAUGAUGAAGGGCAAGAAGAAGUGUUUGUGAGGGGCGAGAGACGUGUGAAUGCAAGAGGUCACUGCAGCAGAGAGAAGAUGGAGAGAGAGAGAGAGUGAUUGUGAAGUUGAGAUUGAAGAGGUAUAAAAGAAAGUCAGGUGAGCCUCUGGAGUCUUAUGUCAUUGUAAAGCCAGAUGGGUUUAGGGUGGAUCCGAGGAGUUGUCCUCUGGGAUCAGACCACUAAUAGAGAAGAGGAACAGAAUCCUGUGCACACCAGACUUAACGUAUCUAUCAGAGUUUCAUUGAAGAAACAACAAAACCUGUUUCCUACCACAAAACCUUCUCCUUUGUACUACUGUCUUUACUGGUACAGCUACACUGAAGGGGUGGAACGAGGGAAAAAAAGGAGUGAAAUGUUUACAAUAACAACAUCAUUACGUUUGUUUACUACAGGAGGUUCUUAUGAAGUGGUGAUGCUUGUCUAAUACACUGUAUAGAUGAAGUCUGUUCUCCAGACUAGUGAACUGCACACAUAUAGAGUGUAGUGUUUUCAGCCUACCACUGACAGUUAGAGUGGAAAUACGUAGCUGCCAUGCUGUAUAGACAGUCAAAUUACAUAAAAAAAAUAAAAAAGUCAGGUCUGCUUCCAUGUUUUUACAAAAUCCAUGCGCAGACUGGAACGCUGCCUACAGAUCACAAACAUAGUGAAGAGACAGUUCAAAAAGUGAUGAUGAUUUUUGGGAACAAGCUAUUAGAGUGUCUUAGCUGACCAAACAAAUGAAUGAUAAACUGGUGGAAUAAAGGUUUAUGAGAAGCCAUACAUCCCUAGGACCCUGCGUUCCCCUCAGAUGUCUUUUUACCAGAAGGUUUCCAUGGUUUCCCCUCUCUGAGAGUAUAUCAACCUGACAGAUCUUUUUUUGCAUGCAUAGCCAAAUAUUGAACAUCUUCACACAUUAAGUCCCAAAUGUACUUUGUGAAAUGGAAUAGUCAGAAUCCCCAUGUAAAUUACAACCCUGCGUUUGUGGAAAUAGGUGAGGUGUUUGAUCUGAGAGGAACAAAAAAGGACAUUAUCCUCCUCAGAAGGACCAAAUAUGUUUACACACACACACACACACACACACACACUCACAGUCACAAACACAUUUGCUGUGUGGAGUGUAAUCAAAACACAUGUGAAUCUUUUGAUCAAAGCUUUUUUCUCCAUCCAGAUGGACUGAGAUCUGAGACACUGAACUGCCGUCAGUCAUCACUGUGGCAUUGUGGGUACCAACAGAGUAAUCCAUCACUGUGGCAUUGUGGGUACCAACAGAGUAAUCCAUUACUGUGGCAUUGUGGGUACCAACAGAGUAAUCCAUUACUGUGGCCUCUUGAGCCAGUAAAUUCCAAUUAAGUAAUUUAAAAACUGAAAAAAAAAACGGAUUCCCAUCAUCAUCGUUCAGUCUACAGCAUGUUGAUGAGGACACGAGAUCCCAAUCCAAACUUUAAUUAGGAUGCAGGGUGCUAGUCUGUGUUACACUCAUGCGUCACUAUGGCACCUAUACAAUGCCUUAAGGAAAACUCUCAAGUAAAAAUCUAGUAUUCAAGCUUUGGGUUGCACAAAGCUGCACUUUAUUUAAUGUAACUAAACCAUGCUGUGUUUUUUUUUUUUCCUUUAGUCGACAAACUGUUAGUGUGCAUGAGUCCUUGGAGUAAAAUUAUGAAGUGUCUAGAGUUUCUAUAUCAGGUUUCUUGUCCUGUGGAAAGGGAUUCUUGUAAUUCAUCCCUGCCCAUCCAUCUGUGCUUAUAGCACAAUACGAGACAUUUUAACUAAGGUCUAUCAUCUAAUGUUCUUCAGAGUUCGUUUACAGUUUGUAGAUCAACAGCUGACAGUGGUUUGCUUUGCAGACAGCUGAUAGUCAGCCUCAUCAGAGGUUUAAAUUAAAAGACAAGUUCAAGAGUCAUAGUGCCAUAGCUCAGGCUAUUUUCAGUGGAAAACACUGCCGUUCAAGGCAUGUCUGUGUUGCUUAGUGUUGCAUGGCAGAGUUGAAACAUACAGUUUAAAUGUUCACAUGCUACU